GUUUUCAUAUGCCAGAAGGUGUUGUGGCAACAGUGUUUGUUUAUUGAUAAGUUCGGGAGACGUCACGUAUGUGUGUAGUAGUAGUUUGUGCAGUUCAGCAUGACAUCCGACUUUCAUGAUUAAUCCACGCCCAAGAUCUGCGCUCCAUUCCUGUAGCGUGACUUGAAGUUCUGAAAAAGACGUCUUCGUACCAGCCGUAGUGUUGGUUGUGGACUGAUCCUAGAAUGUAGGAGAAGGAAGAUGCGCCCUCAGGGAUGGUGGUGUCCAGGCGUGGUACUAUUGGAGGCAUUUACAGCUCUGGCGUUCUGGUUGGGGCUUUUGGGAGGUUUAGGCCUUAUCAGAGAAUCAGAAGCUGUAGUAGCAUACAGCACACAGCACGAUGAGAUAGCAUAUGCUGAGGUGUGGUCUAACCAUCCUCUAGAAACCUUUCCUGAACUAUGGCAAGCCAUAUUCCUCUGGGGUUUCUUUUCAACUCUCUUCAUUCACAUUGUAUCCAGCAUCAUCGCCUUUCUUAUGCUGAGAAAACAUAAAUAUGGGAGGUUUUCUGCAGCUUGUAUCAUAUUCAUAGGAAUGUGCACUACUUUUGUCACCUGUGCAGCUACAAGUGCAGCUGUUGGAUAUGUACUAUACCAAGCUAAGUUUGUCCUUCAGCCAAUCCAUGCCAUGAUAUGUGGCAUAUCACAGACAGCACUUGUCAUAUUCUUCUCAUUUUCAAGAGUCAUGCCAACUCUCUAAGAGUUGUGUAUGGAAAGAAUGAAUUGAUUUCAGGUUUCAAGACAUUUCAGUGUACAUUGGAUGGCUACUGUUUGAUGGUGUUUUCAACAUAACCCUUUUAGGAAACUUUUAAACUGAUUGUAGAAAGAAGACAGUACUGUUGAAGACAACUUCUAGUGAAGAAACAUUUUACUUAGAUUUUGCAUGCCAAUAAAUAAUGCAAAAUCAUAACCGUUGAAAAGUUGCUUCCAUUUAGCUAUUAUUACAAUUCCAUGUCUAACUCUUAUCCUUAAUGAUGUCAGGUUUCACAGUGAGAUGCCCAGCAUCAAACGCAGCAUAUCCAAGGUGCCCAGUAAAACAGGAUAGGUCUGUAUGACUUUCCUUAAGCAAAGUGUCCUAAAGGUACGUUCUUUUGACAAGAAUUCAAGCUUAGGUUGCAAACCUUUCCUAAAUAUUUAUAUUCUAAUAGUUAAUAUAUUGUUGUUAUGACAGCAGAUAACUUUGAAUAAAGGUCACAGAGGGUCAGCAACCUCAAGUAUUGAAUAGAGCGCACCUUGUGUCUUCAAUUCAGUCCAGAUUUAGGCCUUUUGAUUGGUAUCUGUACAUUGGUGGUGCAAUAUGUUCAUUGUUAUUGAAUUAAGUUAUUGGAAUGAGGAUAUGAAAAGCAAAGAAGUUUAAUUUUUUAAUGUACUCCAUACCUCUCACUUUCACAUUUUUUAAUAGGAGAAUGUUUUUUUUUUAAUGCUCUUUUGAUGCAUUUAGGUGAAAUUGUUUUAAAUUUAUAUUAAUUGUUUAAUUUAAUCUGUUAAACCUAAAAUAGUAAAGGUGUACUUCAAGAAAAGAAGGGAAUAUAAAUGUUUGUUGAGUUAAAAAGCCCAAUAUUUUGCGAGUUAAGAACUGUAAAGAAAAAUUGCUGUAUAAAAUUAGAAUUUUAGUUUGGCACAGUAAGAACAGGAAAGAAGGAAUUACUUUUCUGAACUCCCUUUAAUGUGUUAUAAACUGACCUUUCAAUUUUAGAUCGUAGAAUGUUGGGUAUAGGUUUCAGUUUUUAUAUAAGUGAAUGGAAGGCAGUACAAUCUCUUGUCAUUCACAACUUUUGACUGAAUAUAUGGUAAAAUCUUCCUGGUUUUAUUUCAGUGGAAAAUAUCUUACAUAGUAGGUUCUUGGAGAACACACUGCUUUUUUGCAGGAAUUCAGUGUGCUGGCCAUGUACCUGUAGUUAAAAAUAAUUCUCCCCAUUAAGUGCAUCCUUAUUGUGGUGGUUCUUCUUUUUUUUUUUUCUUAAAAAAAAAAUACUCAUCACUCAGGUCACCUUAUGUUAGGAUUCAUUUUGACCCCAAGCUCACCAUGUUAGUGCAUCCUAAUUUAGAGUUGGAUAUAGGACAGUCACAGGAAGCAAACUUUCAGCAAAAAUUUUAUGUAUGGAAGCAAACCUUUUCCAUACUUUGUUUAGACUAGAUUUAUAUACAUUUGUAUUAUCUGUGAAUAACGUAGACCUCAGCACCAUCAGGUAGAAACAUACUACAUAGAUGUUGAAGUUACUGGUGCAGUCUUAGUAAUUUCAGAGCAUUUAGAUUUUUUGAAUUUAAGGUGAUGAUGCUCCCUGUAUUUUAGUUCCUACUGGUAAAAGUUGCUAGGAGUUCUUUGCAAGAGUGCUACCCUGAUCUUGCAUAAUUUUGUGGGCACCUUAGUGGCUGGUCCUUAUCCCAGAAGGUGAGUGUGGUUGCAGAUUUUUUAUUGAUUGUUCAGGAAUCUUUUUUUGCUCACCUCAGAGAAUUGUAAGAUGAUAAUGAUUGUCAAUGAAAUGGACACCAAAGACUCUAUCAAAAAAUGAAUUUAUAUCUGUGGCAGGUUUUGUUUGCUUCCAAUUUACCCUAUAAAAAUGUGAUCUCAUUUCAUGCAAUCAGAUUUUUGUCAUCAGUUUACCAACCAUUUUACUAAUAAUAGUAAGUCAUACAUAGGUAGAGGAUGAACCCAUUUGAUUCUAAUUUCAUAGCUAAAGUUGAAAGAGGAAAUAUAGCCCUCUUGCACGUGUCUUUCUUUUUUAUUUAAUUUAAUUUUUCGUUGUACAGUAUAAAUAGCUGUAGAACAAGUGGUCUUAAUUUUCUCUAAUAUUUUUGUUGCUUAUUUUGUGUUAAAUAUGUUAAUAAUGAACAUUCCAUUUGAGGACUUGCACUUCAUACUUGUUUCAACUGAAGGUUGAAUUUGUCACUUGUGAACUGAGGUUGCUUGUUUAGUAUAGUUGCAUUGGUGAUUACUACCUUCAUCUUGGAUACUGCUCACUUUAUGGGCUGUGUUGCACUUUGGGUAAUACUAAAUGUAGAUAAUAAAUAAAUAUAGUUUAAGAAAUAAGUGUAGCAGAGAAAAAUAAAUCUAGAAUAUUACAUUUAUUAAAACAUAAUGUCAGUGAAGUGCUUUAAAUGGUAAUAUUGGAAACAGGUAACAUUGGGAGGCCAGAGAAAAACUACAAAGACUUUAAUGUUGCUCGUAGUGCAUUCCAUGUCUUACUGUCAUCUGUAUUCUCCUGUAGAAGAUUGUUUGUACAAGGAUUUGCUGAUAAGUGGGUUAUGUGAAGCAAGGUUCUGUAAUUAGGCUUCAUGCAAAGACCAUUGGAAUGAGAAAACUGAUAUCCCUUGCCCCGCUGAGUUUUAAAGACCACAUGUAGGCAGUUCAUAGAAUUGCAGAACCCAUUAUUGUAGAGUAAAUAACUUUUGUUUUGCAAGAUAUCCAGCCAGUCAUUGUUUUCAAUCACCUGUUGUUUGGGGUAUACAGGGGUCACUACUUAGCUUUAGCCUCUGGUAGUUAUACUUCUGAGUGAGCAAUUUCAGUUUUUAUUGAAAUUUUCAACCUGAAGUUGAGUUUUAUGAUAUGAAUAAAACAAUGAUUUAAGUACAGAAUACAGUAUAAAAUUUUUUAAGGAAUACACCUUGGACAUUUACUUGUGGCUGUUUUAUUGUAAAUGUAGAGCUUGUUGUAAGGGAUACAACACAUCAUUUUUUAUGGUUGUCAUACUCGACUGUCAAGAGAGUGGUCAUGUGUUUAUGGUGCAGUUUUACUUACAAAGUUAGUUAUAGCUGACCAGUCUUUUUAUACAUUAUUGACUUCUCAUAACAUGAAACAAAUAGUUCGGCAAUGGAUAUAAGUUAGUCCCAUUGUCGUAAACUUCAGCAUAAGCAUACUUGCCCUGCAUUGGGCCAGAAAGCACAGGUUUCCAUAAUAACAAAACAUGGUCUUGAUGGUGCAUCUAGGUUUUUAUUUUGUUCCAAACAUUUGUUUGAGUGCACUUUAGGAAAGUAAUAAUUUGAAAAUGUGAGGACCAUUUAUUAGAUAGUCGUGGACUGUGCGGGGAAGUUUCCCCGCAGACUAGGUGCAGUGAGCGUGUUUGGAAUGUUUUAAGUAUAAACAGAUCUUAUUGGAAAUGUAUGCAAGUAGUCAAUAUUUUCUAUGAUUUUGCUUUGAGGUACAUGUCUGAUGUUUGCUUUGGUAAAUGAUUUGCUUGGAAGAUAACAAUUGUAACUUAAAUACAUAGAUUUUUUGUUAUUCAGUAUGGUUAGAGGCCUUCCAACAUAGGUGGAAAGAAGGGAGUGUCUUUGCUAAGUUGGGUAUUUGGAACUUUAAUCGUUAAAUCGUAGUUUGAACAUAUGUAACACCAUUUGGUAAAAGCUUAAUGUAUUAUAAUUAUUGCCCUUGUGUUACAUACUGUACUGUAAGACUGGAAACACAUUACUGUAUUCUUGACAGUUGGUUUGUAGAAAAAAAUAGAGAAAGUAAGCUUCACCGACUAAGUAAUAGUAGUACAUAUAUGGAAAAAUUGAUGUUCAGGUAGUUUAACAAAAACAUCUGCUGUAAACAUAUCUGAAACAUAUUUACCUAACUUUUGUGUAGAAAGUGGAUUGAGUUUACCAAAAUUAUUUGGAAGUAGAACUUAAUGUAUUCCAUAAGUAGGUACCUACAUGGAACACUAUACCAAAAGUGGGAAAACAAACAAUAGAAAUGAAAGAUACUAUAGAAAUAGGACUGAAUUAUAAUUUUAUUAAAAAUCGGGCUUAGUAAUUUGAAAAGUAUUUUUGUUCAUCCUUAUGAAAAAUUUUUAAAAUUUAUGUUAAUGUCUCAAAAACAGAUGAAAAUGUACUGUAAGGAUGUAGGUGUUUAAUAGCAAAAGAACCCCCCUGAUUAAAAUGAACAUUUCAGGGCAAAGUGUUGAGAGAUGAGUGGAGAUUGUCUUCCGCUUGCAUGUUAGGUACAGAAUGAUUAGGUAGCGAUUUCAGUGAUGAAUAUUUGGCACUUAAAAUAACGUUGUAAAUACUUCAUAAAUGAGACAAUUAUUUAUUGACAGUGUAUUUAAAGUAUUUAAUGCUGGGCUGCUCUUAUGUAUUAUUUUGUUAUGGAAGAAAAAUGAAUGCUGAUAAAUGGUUUUUUUCUUGUUAUGUUGCACCCCGAUUUUCUUUCAUAUUCAUUCUUUUUCUAUAGAACAACAAUCUUCUUAUGUUUUGUGCAUGUCUCAUGAAAGGUGUUAGCAACUUGUGAUUCCAUUGCUGUAGGGAGAUUACAUUGAGUGAACAUUCAGCACCUUUUUCUUGGCAGUACAGGGCAUACAUAAGAUGUUCUUUUGAUUCCCAUAUCUAGAUGAUGAAUUAUUAGUUACUUGGAUAUCAAAAAGAAAUACUAUCAGUAAUGUCUUGACUGUACAGACUGCUUAUAUUCUAUCUUGUAUUUUAUGUUGAAAUUUUCCUUUGGUGAAUAUGAUUUAAAUGAACAUGUCUCUGACAAAUCACAUUCAUGAUGUUUUACUUACAGUACUUUCUGUGAUGCAACUUUACAUGGUAUAAUGCUGGUUUUGGUUUCAUUUUGAAGCUGAGUAGUGAUUCUCUAUUUUACAGUGUUCAGGAGGAAAACAACAAAAAUAAAAAUUCAGGGUGACAAGUUGAAAUUACUAGCCAAAAAUCUAUUACCAAUGUCAUUCUUUUGAUGUCAGAAUCCAUUGGUUGAAAAAGAAUUUACCUACUUUUACAUCAGUCAGAAAAUAAAAAGGUUAAGAUUAUUAUCUAGAAUAAGCAUACGUAUAUUUGUUGCUUUUAUGUUUUUACAGUACAUGUACCUGGUAGGAGCAAAGGCAUAUUCAUAUAAUAUAAAAAAGUUAUUAAGUGGAAAGGUUUUUAUUUUAAAUCCAGAGUUAUUUGCAGUUAAUUUAAACUGAUAUCAGUGGGUAGUAAAGAAAAAAUUUAUAUGGCUUUUCAGCCACUGAUGUGAAUUUUGCAACGUUUGCAUCCUUGGCAUACUUAGACAGUAUCUUAAAGGGAAAUUGCAGUAUUUAUGAGACAUGGUACAAGAAACAGUACACUGGAGUAUGACCCUAUGUGGAUAUGUGCGCAAGUGUGUGUAUAAGUAACUUGAAUGUUUUAGACUGAAGAAGUUGAUGUCAUUUUCAAGCCUGAUUUAUUCUUGUAGGUAAGUCAGCCAGAAGCUCUUUCAUAGUUUUAGAAGGUUUUUACUACCGGAACUUUUUUCAGUCAUCAGCCUUGAUUAUGGUAUCAAAGUCAUCCUUUAAACUAGGAUUUAGAAGACAAAUGUUACAUUUAUUUUUGUUACAAAUAUUCUAAGAAUUUAUAU